CCUAGCCAUUUCUGAAAAGCUGAAAGUGAGAUGAGGUAUGUUCUAACCUCAGCAUGCAUCCAGGAAACAGAUUCGAGCAAAGCUGGUGGUUCCAUGUGCAAUGAAGGCUAGACCCGCUUAGUUGCGUAUUUUAAGGUUUCCCGAUGCAACUUUUUGGCGAGCUUCCAAGCACAACACGAGCGCUGCACAAAACAUCAAAGUGCCACUCUACAUGGCCUUUCAAGUAAAGCUACUGAGGCCAAUCUUUUCAAAUCCGACAGGCUAUCGUUGUUCGUCUAUUCGACUUCCGUCUUAUCUGAAUCGCGUAUUCGCCUCGUCUGCAAGGCGUUAUUCAUCAUCUAACUUCGACAUGGGCAAGGACGACCACUACCUCACACUGUCCUGUCCAGAUAGGACAGGCAUUGUGUACGCUGUUACCGGGCUUUUGGCAAAGCACGAUAUGACAAUUUUGGAUCUGCAGCAAUUUUCCGACAGCUCGUCGUCAAAAUUUUUCAUGCGUGUACAUUUUGGAUAUGCAGAGAACACAUCCGGCGUCAAGUCAGACAUGGACAACCUUGCUGCUGAAAUGAAGAUGGACUAUCAGUUACGUCCGGUGUCCAAAAAGCCCAGGGUUCUCAUAAUGUGUUCUAAGAUCGGACACUGCCUCAACGAUCUUCUCUUUCGAACAAGGACAGGCCAAUUGCAGAUUGAAAUUCCGUUGAUCAUCUCUAACCACCCAGAUUUCAAAGAUCUGGCCCAGAGCUACUCAAUCCCUUUCCAUCAUUUGCCCGUAACCAAGGACACAAAGGCUGAGCAGGAAGCGCAGGUCCUGAGCCUGAUCAAGGAGAAUAACAUAGAUCUUGUUGUGUUGGCUCGAUAUAUGCAGGUUCUCUCUCCCGAUCUGUGCUCGGCCAUGAGCGGAAAGAUCAUCAAUAUCCACCACUCUUUCCUACCCUCGUUUAAAGGCGCAAAACCAUAUCAUCAAGCCUACGAAAGAGGCGUGAAGAUUAUUGGUGCGACAGCACAUUUUGUUACUGCAGACUUGGACGAAGGUCCAAUCAUUGAGCAACGAAUUGCACGAGUGGAUCACAGCAUGGGACCGAAGGAACUGGUCGAGGAAGGUAGUAAUGUAGAAAGCCAGGUGCUUGCCGCAGCUGUCAAGUGGUGGAGCGAGAACAGAGUAUUUUUGAAUGGCGCGAAGACUGUUGUUUUCUAGUGAUGGGACACAGUCAUCGGUUUCUUCAGGCAUAGUUAUCCCAAGCCUAUGUCAGAAUGAGCAAGCUGCAUUAUGGCUUCACGUGUUUAUGAAUUCACGUCUGAGCAACCCUCCCACGAACGGAAAAUCAAAAUAUCUUUCAUUGUCCACCACUAGACCAAUGUAGCAGGCUCUACUAAGGGUAUUAUUUACGACGACACCGCGUCAACGCCGACAUCGCCUUCCGCAGAGUCGUAUAUAAAAAACCACCUACCUUGUAGUCCGCGUGUUUGAAUGCUGCAAGAUCAUAUUGCACACGAGUAGCCCUACAGAUUAUUUUGUCAACGGAGAAGUCUUGCAAUCUGUGCGACUGUCCCAG